AUGGAAAAAGUGACGAACGACGAUCCACCCCACGAAAGCGAACAAGAGGAAGAAUCCGACAGCGAAGUCAACGAAGACUCAGACGCGGAAGAGCCUGAGGAGGAGCACACCCCGUUAACCUAUCAAAUUCCCUCGGAUGUCCUGGAAAGUGCUUUACAGGCACCCCCUCAAACUCGUGCGAGCUACUGGAGUCAAAAGCUCUACCGUGGGCCCGAAGAUGAGGAGCUUUUAUUGCACUACUGCGUGAAUAUGGAGGUAUCAGAGCGGGUUGCCAAGCACUUUUUGAAUGAGAAGGUCGUAGGUUUUGACAUCGAGUGGAAACCUUUCGGUCCUGUGGACUCGAUCAAGGAGAACGCGUCUCUGAUACAACUGGCCACGGAAGACCGUAUCGCGUUAUUUCACAUUGCGCGUUUCCCGGGCAAAACGCCGGAGCAACUUAUGCCACCAACGUUGAAGGCCGUCCUGGAGUCACCCGAUACGUACAAGGUCGGGGUAGCUGUCAAGAGCGACUGCAGUCGACUAGAAAAGUAUUUUGAUCUCAACAUCCGUGGGGUGUUCGAACUCAGUCGGCUCCACAACCUCGUUGAGUACUAUGGGACUCAACCGAGCAAGGUCAACAACAAACUUGUGAAACUAGCCACGCAGGUCCAUCAACACCUGCUCUUGCCACUGCAUAAAGGCGAACCCUUUGUCGAUGAGCCGCAACAGCGGCUCAGUAGCGUCCGGGAGAGCGACUGGAGUAGACCACUUGAUUUCGAGCAAAUUCAUUACGCUGCGGCCGAUGCGUAUGCCGGUUUCCGAUUGUUCGAUGUCAUGGAGUCGAAGCGAAAGAAGCUGAAGCCCACACCACCAAUGCCACGCUUAUGCGAUUUUGACAACAAACCUGUGCCACGCACUACGUCGCGGGCCAAACGAGCAAAGAAAGUGGUACCCGAGUUGGAGAAGGUCGUUGCUGAGUCUCUCAGCGGGCUCGAGGCAGAAGACGCAGAGGAAGAAGCGUAUGAGACUGCCGCUGAAGAAUUUGCUGAGGAAGAGGAAAGCAAAGACACAGAUUCUGAGGCUCGCUCGACAGACGCAUCCGCCGCACCGGAGAUCUCCGCACAUCGCAUCGGACGAGUUGCCCUCUCAACGCUGGCUGGCGUUGAUCCUGCGUAUCCUACGCUGCCCUGUACACCCGCUGAGGAGGACGUCAGCUCCGAUGAGUCUGACGCGUUCGAUCCUCCACCUAAUGCGCCUCGACGACGACUUGUUCCGAGGGCUGCGCAAGCAGCACAAGUACUACUUGUCAAGGCGGUAGAGUCAGAUGAUGAUUUUCCGGACCCCGAGCUGGAAGAAGCGUUCACAACCAUGGAUCUGUCCGACCCGCUCAAGAUUACAAGCAACCCUGUUACGGAACCAACUUCUCAGGCGGAAACGCCCAAUUUAGAGUCACCCACCGAGCAAGUGCUGAUCGAAGAAGAGACUCCACCAACCUUCACACCCCUCAUCCCAGCCGACACAACCAAUCACACGCCCGAGUACACACUCGCCACGACCUGGGCCCAGAAUUACCUCACCUCCACCAUACCCUCACCUACUUCCACCGCUCCUUCACGCAUCCGCGCUACAGUAUCCUCACUGCGUGCAUACCACAUCUGGUACCAUCAACGCGUGCCAAUAGAUACGAUCGGUACCCAUCUGCGCGACCCGCCUCUUGCGCAGAGCACUGUUUCCAACUACAUCAUUCAAGCGAUCAGCAUGGAGAAACUCGAGUAUAAAGAUGAUGAACUAAUCUAUGUCAUGAGGACAUUACCGGCAAAUUUGAGGGUAGGGAGGUACGGGUGGUUGAGCCGGAAGCUGGGAAUUGCACGUUAG